AUGGUUAGGAUUGUUACUGAUGGUGACUAUGUUCCGUGGUAUUCACGACGUUCUUGCCCCGUGUUCUGCUACCCAUGCGUGCCAGCCUAUAUGGGUAUCUGGCCGGCCAGGCGAUGCGUGUUAAUGGUUGGUGCGGUGCUGUUCUUCGUUGGUGUGAUGAUUCUUCUCGCAAUGCUGCUCACAUGUAUUGCCGUCGAAUGUUCGAAUAUUGCUGGUGCGUUGGUACCUCUGGGUUUGAUUCUGAUCAUCGUCGGUAUUCUGCUGUUUCAUUGCGCUUGGGCGGCUCAUCUAUUGGAUGACAAUGGCCAGGUACCGAUCAAAAAAACUGUCACUACCACAACCACAACCACCUACGAAGACCCAGAGAGUGACUUGGCUGAGCAGCGAUUGCUUGAAUCUGCUUAUAGAGAUCCGGUGCCUGAAGUGAAACAAGGCUUUUGGCAAUUCGACGAGAAAGAAUCAUGGCAAGCAGUUGCAAAUCCGUAUCCCAUUCAGUACGUUGAUGUUUUAAAUUUCUAA